AAGUACAUGUCUAAGAUUACUUUUCAGCAUUGCCGGCUCCCGAGUGUUCUCACUAGUUAGAAAAACGCAAUAUUGUGGCGCUGCCCCUUUAUUGACGCUGUUAGCAGCCACGAGUGAGCGCUAGCUAGCCAAGCACCACAACACAAACGGACUAUACAACUACUACUGGGCUUUACGCUUUUGGUGCUGCUCUUCUCUAUGACUGUGGUCUCUCAGAACCAGCCGCAGGACUGCUCAGAGGUAUAUGACAAUAGCUUCACCCACAGUGGAGUGUUUACCAUCUACCCUGCUGGCCCCACGUCUGUUGUCUAUGCCUACUGUGACAUGGACACUGAUGGAGUGAAAUGGACUUUCUUCCAGAGACAAAUCGAUGGGUCUGUGAACUUCUACAGAGACUUGGACCACUACAAGAAUGGCUUUGAGCAUGCUGCAGGAGACCACUGGCUGGGGUGAUGCCCACUCCCACUACAACAUCCAGAGGUUUUCCACCUGCGACCGGGACAAGGACAGCAGCCAUGUGAACUGUGCUGAUAGUUACCUGGGAGGCGUCUAGUAGGCCAAGCGCUACAGCGCUAACCCCAACUGUGUGUAUAGCCAGAAUAGUCUGCAAAAUUGCAAAUUGAUCACAACUAUGCCCCAAAAAAGAUUGUAUUUGAAAAUAACAAUAAUUGUAUACCUUGAUUACAUUAAGACACAAUCACAUAAUUAUGUCUCUUUUUUUAUUUGUGCGAAUACUUGGGAACAGAUUUCUGAAAUUAAACCAUUUUUUUGCUGAAUUCCUUUUUACUAAAAACUUUGGGGGGCUCAAGAAAAUCACUCAUGGCUGGUUUUGGUCACCUGUUGCCGACCGCUGCUAUACUACAAUGUAUGUAGGCCUAUAAUGUUUUUUGUUUUGUUUGUCUGU